GCCAAAAAAAAGAAAAAAAACAAAUCCGACGAUCAUCAGACAACGAAACAAAAGUUCAACACAGAGUUUUGAACCAUUUACGUGCGUACUUAUAUAAAUAAAUACCCAGGCACAAAGACAGCCAGAUAGAAGCAUUUUAAUUGAAUUAAAUCAAAAGCAAUGUACUGGCACAAUUAGCACAAUGUGGUGCAAGUUUUGAUGAACGCUACCGGAGGGUAGCAGCAGGCUCAACCCCGUAGUUGAUUGUGCUGCCAGCAGCAGCCCACAUGUAAAGAGUGUGUGCACUAAAACGCGCACAUUUCACGGAUUCUAGCAGUUGAGCAAGUUGCGCCGUGGCGUGCGCUUCGCUAGGCGCUAGUCGCCGCUCCGCUAUUACAAAAAAGAAAAAGAAAAACUCGUGUCCGUACGUGUGUCCUCGUGCGAUAUGCGGCAGACAUUGCUUCUGCCUUUGCUAGUGCAGCUCAUUUCCAGCGUUGGCCAACUAGUCUCAGCUACAGCGGCAUCUGGAAACAUCAAUGGAGGUCAGUUGCGUCGCAUUUGGCUGCAGGAUCAUUGUUCAGCGGGCAUUUGUACGGACGUGGAGAUUGGCCGCAAUGACUAUGUGAUUCUAUCACACGCGCCCAUUGCCAAGCAACUAAUGCUGACGUUUCUUAACUCAAGCAUAGCCAAGAUACCACAUUUGAUGUUCGACACAUUUCCCGAUCUGCAGGUGCUGCGCAUGGAAAACUGCUCUCUGGAGACUUUUGAAAAGCCACAGUUCGAGGGUGCAAGCAAUUUAAUGGGCCUAUUUCUUGGCCACAAUCGCUUGAAGGACAUACCCAAGAAUAUAUUUUUAGGAGCUGACAAUUUGGCGACUCUCCAAUUGCAGCACAAUCAGCUCAAAGUUCUGCACAAUCACAGCUUCCAUGCGCUUAAAGAGCUGAAGGAGCUAACGCUUGCCGACAACCAGUUGGAACAGCUGCCACUGGGUUUAUUUGCCGGCUUACGCAAAUUGAUCGAAUUGAGUUUGUCUGGCAAUCGCCUCCAGACGCUGCCACGCGGAAUUUUCGAUAAAAAUUUGAACUUGACGCGACUCAAUUUAUCCCGCAAUCGGUUUACGGUAUUUGAAUCGGAGCUACUGAAGCUGCAAAUGCGUCUAGCCAUCCUCGACAUUUCCGGCAACAUACUCCAUGAGUUGACAUUAAACUUUUCGAAGCUUGAUCUGGCCGUGGCUCACGGCUGCGAUCUGCGCCGUCUGACGGUCUAUGGAGUUGUUAAUGAGUUGGACUUGCAUAACAAUUCGCUAACAGAGCUGCCGCAUAUACCGCAGGCAGGCAAUGUGAGCGGCUUGGAUUUAUCUCAGAAUCCGUUGGGCAAUUUGCAGGGUAACCCUUUGAGACGCUUCACAGCAUUGGUGCGGCUCAACCUGUCGGCUACCAACACUCACGAACUGCCGGAAGGUCUGUUCAAGAAGCAGACACAGCUGCAAAUUCUGGACAUCUCAUCCAAUGCGAUCUACUCGCUGAAGAUCACGCUUUUCGACAACCUAAAGUCAUUGCAGUAUUUCUACUUUCAGCAGAACAAUUGGAACUGUGACUUUCUACAGCUGUUGAUGAGCUCGUUUGUAAAGCGACGUGACAUAUCCUUUAUGGAGGAUGUCACUGCACCCGAGUUGGUUGAUGAUUAUGUGGAUGGUGUUGCCUGCUGGUAUGAGAGCGAUAGGGCAUCCAAGAAAUGUGACGGAAGCUCGGGCAGUUCAGAUGCCGCUAUGGAAUUAUCCAUAGUGCGAAACGAAAUUAAAAGCUUCACUGAACUCAUUGAGAAGAAGUUUGUUAAAGUCUAUCGCAUGCUUGAUGAAAUGAAGCUAAAGCUAUAAACAAGCAUUAUAAUAUUCUAAGACGUAUUUACGUCGCAUAUUCAAUUAAUCAGCAUAUAAAGGACCGUAUUUAUCAACAUAUACUUAAUCGCAAUCUAUUAUUGUACGAAGUAAGAACUAUUGACACAAGCAAGCAACGUUUAAAUAUUUAAGUUAUAUAACCAGAUUAUAAUAAAGCGUAAUGCACUCUUUGGAAAACAAGCUAAGAAAAU